GGAGAUCCAAAUAUAAAUUCUCAAUUUAAAAAUGAGAAAAAUGCUGUUGUGUUUGGCAGAAAUGAUUAGCCUUGAAAUUUGUUGUUAAAAAAUUGCUAGACUUGAAUCAUCAACUCAAACCCUAUUCUUGAAUUCAACUGUCAAUGAAGUAACUGCAUUCUAUUGAUUUGGUUGUUUGUGGGGUUUAAUGGAGAAUUGAAACAGAGGAAAUGCUUCCUUUGAGAACUCAGAUGCUUGGGUUCCUCGUCAAACCAAAGCUUCUUCUUUUAACAAGAAUGAUAUUCACUUCAAUUAGAUGUUUUGUGGGCAUGGCAUCUCAGAGAAAUUCAUACGAUUAUACAUACUUGUUACAGCGUUGUAAAGGCACCAAAACCAUCAAAAGCAUACAUGCCCAGAUAAUUAUUGGAGGGUUUGAGGAGAACCCAUUUCUUGGUGCAAAGCUUGUGGGCAAGUACGCCCAGUGCUAUGAAUCAAACAUCGAAGAUGCAAGGAAGGUGUUCGACUGUUUGCCUGACAGAGAUGUUUUUGUGUGGAAUACGAUCAUUCAGGGUUAUGCAAAUCUGGGUCCUUUUAUGGAAGCAUUGAAUAUUUAUGAAUAUAUGCGAUGCAGUGGAGUUGCUGCAAACAGGUAUACCUUCCCUUUUGUGUUAAAGGCUUGUGGUGCAAUGAAAGAUGGGAAGAAGGGUCAGGCUAUUCAUGGGCAUGUUGUGAAACAUGGACUUGAUUUGGAUCUGUUUGUUGGAAAUGCUCUUGUGGCAUUUUAUGCCAAAUGUAACGAAAUUGGGGCAUCGAGGAGGGUGUUUGAUAUGAUCUCUGAGAAAGAUAUUGUAACUUGGAAUUCAAUGAUUUCGGGCUAUGCCAUUAAUGGAUGUGCAGAUGAUGCUCUUGUGCUUUUCCAUAAUAUGCUGCAAGUGCAAGGUGAUACUGUGUAUGCACCUGAUAGUGCUACUCUUGUUGCUAUUCUUCCUGCUUGUGCACAAGCAACAGCCAUCCAAGAGGGCCUGUGGAUUCAUUCUUAUGUAAUAAAGUCAGGCAUUGAACUUGAUGCCGCUUUAGGCAGCGGUCUUAUUGCAAUGUAUGCAAACUGUGGCCUUUUGAACAGUGCCCGGGAUGUAUUUGAUCGGAUCGAUGAUAAAAAUAUUGUGGUCUGGAAUGCAAUAAUAAGGUGUUAUGGUAUGCAUGGCCAUGCAGAUGAAGCUCUCAAAAUGUUCUCUGGGCUAAUUGAUAGUGGUUUACAUCCAGAUGGAGUCAUAUUCUUAUGUUUGUUGUCUGCAUUUAGUCAUGCAGGGAUGGUUGCAGAAGGAAUGGAACUUUUUGAGAAAAUGGGGGAUUAUGGAGUUGAGAAAAGUUCUGAGCAUUAUGCUAGCGUGGUAGAUAUCUUGGGUCGAGCUGGGUUUCUUCAUGAGGCAGUCGAGUUUGUUAAAAACAUGCCCAUGCAGCCAGGGAAGGAUGUCUAUGGUGCCUUGCUUGGUGCUUGUAGAAUACAUAAUAAUAUAGAACUUGCAGAAGAAAUAGCAGAGAAGUUAUUUGUUCUUGACCCUGACAAUGCUGGGCGGUACAUAAUUCUUGUUAAGAUGUAUGAAGAUGCAGGUAAGUGGGAGAAUGCAGCAAGACUGAGGAAGGCGCUGAAAGAGAAGAAUAUCAGGAAGCCACUUGGAUGUAGUGCAAUUGAGUUGGGUUGUGUUCUCCACACAUUUGGAGUGGAAGAUAAAUCUCAUCCAUUUAAAGAUCAGAUUUUUGACACAUUGGAAAGGUUGGAUAAUAUAAUGGAGGAAGAGGCCGGAUUGUUUGAUAGGUUCCCUUUGGUAGAAACCAUCUAAUGCUGUCCACACCCCAUCCAUUGCCAUCCACAUCCCAUUGUAACAACAACAAACAACUAGCUGCCAUUGUUCAAGACAUUCUCAAUAGAUUUAACUUACUGGAAUCUUACAUAAAAUAUCAAAAAACAUGUACCUUAACAGCAUGGGAACUGAUGGAUUCGCAGUCUAGAUGACUUUCUAUGUGCUGUAGAGGUUGCGGCUUGGUGUAUUUUUAAGGCUGUCCAUGGCAACUUUCUGAAGGGGUAGAGGUGUGGGAAUUGUUUUGUGCAGAGAGUAUUGUGACUGCAGGGUCACCAUUUUCAAUGAACUAACAAGACUAGAGGAAGAUGGUUUUGUGUACACCAAUCAACCACAGUGGAUCAUCUUCCAUCUUUUGCUAUUCCAUCCUGUGAAACGAAGAUGUGGUGGCUUCCUUCUGGAUUUUAGAGGAAUUGACCAAUUUUUGUUCACAGCCAUGCAUCAAAAAAGUUUUCAUCACUCAAUGAAAUACGGCGCCUUGGCCUUAAACAUCCAUAUACACGCUAGAACAUUGAAACUUCUCAAUGGUCUUACUACAACUGACGUCAAAGUGGAUGAUGCUUCAGAAUUUUUUCCUUUCAUUAUAUUUGUUGUUGAAUUUGGAGGUGUCUUGUUGUAUUCAUAGCAUUUUUUUUAUCAAAAUGAAUUGGUUGCAAGAUACUAGAUUGACAAAUGAUUUGGAGCAUCGUCUUAUGGUCUAAAGAACUAUGCAUCCCUUAUGGGGUAAGAGCUA